AUGUUAUUAGAUACGAACGCAAUAUUGCUCCUUGCUUUCCUUGGAUUCUUCAAAAUAACUGUUGAUUGGUUAUUGGAUAGAUCUAAGGAUGUACAUGAAAUUUAUCUAACGCAACAGUCAACUGUGGAAUCAACAAGGGAGGCAGAUGAGACUGCAGUUCACAAAAGCAAUAAAUUGGAUUAUUCCAAUGGGUUGAGAGUGGGCCUUGACAUCAGAUAUGACCACUAUAAGCUCAGAAAUGGAAAUUUGUGCGAUGUUUGGGAAGUCUUGAUAAACAGUUUGAAAAAAAAUGAUGAGAAAACCAUUGAAAUUUAUAAGAAAAAGAUUUUGGUUAGUGAAUUGAACUUCAAGGUAGAAUGUCUUCAACAUUAUUUUAAAUCUAGGGGAAUAAAAAAGGUCGGGAUCCACAUCAAGCAUUUCAUUAAAUCUGAGGCCGUUUUAGUUAUUAUAAUGGCCUGCUUUAUUAAUCAAACUCUUGUCAACUUAUAUGAUGACAUAGACGUAACUGAGGGAGUUGAUCUAUAUUUUGGGGAACUAAAACAAGAAAAUAGCCUAUCUUUGGAUCCGAACGGAAAUAGAUCGGUGUAUGAAAUUUUAGAAGAAGGCAAAUCUACCACUUUCGAAAACAUUUAUACCUUCAAAAAAGACAAAGGUGUAGCAUUAACCUUAACAAGAAAAAUUAACGAAAAGUUUCUGUCUUCAACAAGUUUCACUCAGCUUAAUUUGAUUAGCGGUCUUGCUUCUUCCAUAAAACACUUACCAAAUAAGCAUUCCAUAGAUGAGAAUGAUAGAUUAUUAAUUAUACAAUCAUCCAAUGCAUCUAACGAAGAGAUUUUAAAUGAGCUAAUCAAAAUAUUAAUGUCAUUUACAACAAAUUGUGAUUUGACAAUAGCUGGCUCGAUGAAAUGGGAAGAUGUAAAGUCAUAUAGUCCCACUGUUUUGUCUCUCUCUGAAUCAGAAUUUGCCGCAACGUGUUCAUUGGAUGAGAUGAAGAGAACUUUAACGACCAUCCAAAAAGUGAAGCACUAUAUUAAAUGUCGUUUCCUUGAAAGAGAAAUAUUUUCACGGCUUCAAGUUUUUCCCUGUUCGAUAAGGUUGAUAUACUUGCAUAAAUCAGUCGGCUCGAAAUAUUUGUUGUCUCUAGCUGAAAUUAACGAGUAUCGCUCACUAUUAAACUCGCGAAUCAUAUUGGAAUCAGGUUAUUAUAGGAUAGCAGGCCCAUUCAUUCUUACAGACUUUUAUGAUUAUAGAUUACUACCCAUCCAGUACAAAAACAUUAUGGGAUAUGGUUGCUUAUCGCAGUCUGUUGAAAUUAAAGUCAUCAAUAAGGAUAAUAUUGGCACAGUUUUGAUAAGAGGUUAUACAAUCGGUAAAACAACGAUGCAGUUUUCUUCUAUGCCGAAUGAGAAAAGAACCGAAGGUAAUGAAUCUAACUGUGGGUAUAUGCCUCUCAGUGAUGUCAAAGGAAAAUUUGGUACCGAUGGUUGUUUAUAUAUAUAUAGAUAG